AUGGACGCCGUGGUCAAAUUCACCAACCAAAGUCAAGGAAGAGACCGCAUAUUCAGAGCGACCCAGUAUGCCUGCGCACUGUCCAUACAUUUACUGCGAAACAGCUCUGACAGGAAGGAGCUGGUGGCCAAACUCAAACAGCUGGAAACUAACAUGAGUUCAGGACGCAAAUUGCUCAGGCUGGGAAAUGCAGCACAUUCCAUUGUGGCUGCCAAACAAACCCUGCAGCUCUCUGACAGAGUGCUGUGUCUGUGCCUCACUGUGGCCAAUGUCAGCCGGGCCCUCUACUUCCUCUGUGACAACUUGCUUUGGGCCAGAAGUGUCGGCCUUAUUCGCAACGUGGACAAGGAACGCUGGAGCCUGAACUCCUCUCGCUGCUACUUCUCCUCGUUGGUGAUGAGUUUGGUCCGAGAUGUUUACCUAGUCCUCCAGCUGACGGUGAAGAAAAAGAGGGACGAGAAGUUCAAGCAGAAAAUGAGUCGACAUCUCUGCGAGAGUCCGGAAGUAGCUGAAUCGGUCAUUCCUGAGCUGGAUGCCUUCGUUUUUCUGCUUUUAGAAACUCUGAAGUCACAUCCGGCUGUUGCUUUGGACACGCUGAAGAACGUCUGCGAUCUGUUCAUUCCCUUAGACAAGCUGGGGAUUUACAAGACGAACGCAGGAGUGGUUGGAUUUUGUGGGCUCGUGUCCUCCCUGCUCGGCAUUGCAACCCUCACCUGCCCUACUCUAAAGAUCAAACCGUGA